AAGUGCCUUUUUGUAGUUUUUCAAAAAACAAAACAUCAAGAAGGUGGAAACCAAGUAGAUCUUCACUGUACAGUAAUUGCAGAUGGCACCCACCAUGUCGACCUGGUGCUUGAUUCUCUGCAUGGUAAUAGUAUUACCGAAUGGUUUUGUAUAUGGCGUUAAUAAUGACGUGCUUCCUGUUGUUAUUAACACAUGGCCGUUUACCGAUGCCACUGCUAAAGCUUGGGAUACUAUCAGUUCUGGUGGGAGUGCCCUGGAUGCUGUGGAAAAGGGCUGCACAGUGUGUGAAGUAGAACAGUGUGAUGGUACUGUUGGCUAUGGCGGAAGCCCGGACUCAACCGGCGAGACUACAUUGGAUGCAAUGAUCAUGGAUGGUACAUCAAUGGAUGUAGGAUCUGUUGGCUGUCUGCGUAACAUCCGGUCAGCAAUUUCUGUGGCACGUGUUGUGAUGGAAGCCACCAGAGAAACACUGCUCGUUGGAACUGCUGCUACUAACUUUGCUGUCGAAAUGGGCUUUCAGGAACAGCCACUGGAAACUGAGCAUUCCCGUGCGAUAUUUGCAGAGUGGAAGAAAAACAACUGCUCUCCUAAUUAUUGGGUGGAAGGUGCCGUUAUGCCUGAUCCAACUAAGCAGUGUGGUCCAUACAAGCGUGUGCCGCCUCAGCAAGAUAAUGAAUAUGUUGCCAGUAAUCAACUGGAUGACAGCAAUCCUAAUGUUGAUAUUCAUCACCAUGACACGAUUGGUAUGGUGGUUGUCAAUGCCAGCAAUCAUGUUAUGUGUGGUACGACAACCAAUGGUGCAAAUCACAAGAUUGCGGGGCGUGUGGGAGAUUCCCCGAUCACUGGCUCUGGUUCGUAUUGUGACAGUGAAGUGGGUGGUGCAGCACAGACUGGUGAUGGUGAUGUCAUGAUGAGAUUCUCACCGACGUAUCAAACUGUGGAAAACAUGCGCCAUGGCAUGACACCGCAGGCAGCUGCCGAGGAUGCCAUUAGAAGAAUUAUGCGCAAAUAUCCCACUUUUGCCGGUGGAAUUGUUGCGGUCAAUCGAGAAGGAGAAUACGGUGCCGCUAGCCACUCGUUCAACCUGACAUAUUCAGUACGCAAUAAGAAACUGGGCAAGGUCACCGUCUUCAAGACACAUGCCCUCUAGGUGAACCCUGCUUGCUAGCACUCAACUACUGUAUACAUGUACAUGGAGCAUUUCCGAUGCUCAAUUUAGUUCUGUUGCACAACACAACAUUCACUUUUCAACUUCAGGCAGUGGCAACACAUGAGAAGAAGAGUAUGAAGGAAAGCUGAGAAAAUAGCGUUGCACACACCAGUGAGUAUUCGACUGUAAUAUGAUAAACUGCAAAUACUGCUCUUGUGUAAUGAUGCUAUGGAUAUAAGCCACAGCGACCGCAUUGAAGGAAUGGGCUAAACAGGAAUUAAAAAAAAGUCUGUUUACAAGGGGAAAUAAUGUAAUAAGAAAAAAUUGAAUAAAUACAACCUAAACGUCGAAACCACUCGUGCCCGCAAUGCUGUAUCUCUUUGAGCCACGUUCAUCUUCAUACAUACCUAGGGUAGGUAUAGUCCUGUUUAGUCCUGUCUAGUCCUGUUCAUAGGCAGAAAAGCACACAACCAGCAAAUUAUCUACUCCUUUCUUACACCUUGCGUUCUGUUACUUCAAGGAUAACCCCACCUCUAACUUCUGCUUCCCUUAUUUGAGGAUAUAUGUAGCAUUGAGAGAGGACGUAACCUACUUUGUAUACUAGUACCGGCGGUAAUAAUAAUUAUGCAUAUUUCUUUAGUACACUAAUAAUAUUAUUACUAGUACUGUCACUUGUUAGGUAGGUCAUCAACAACUCGUAAAUUAUGUCCAUUGUGUGUCUAUUUUACUGUGUUAAAACUGCCUCUUAUACUAUC